GCUUGUCCAUCUUCAAGUAGGAGGUCUUCUGGUCUUUAUUUGGAGGCCGGGCAAGAUUUGGGGUCUACAGCUGCCCCCCCUUUACCCGUCCAGUCGACUGCUGGCCUUUUGUGCCGAGGUGAUCGACUGGAGGGUAAAGGAGUUGACCCUCUUGCCCGGUUUCCCUUCGGAUGUACCGUCUUGUGGCGGAUGAUCCUCUGGGGAGAUGGUCGUACUAUUUCUGACGUAGCCGACCCCUUUGGUGAACACGUGGUAGAACCUCCGGAUACUACUUCUGACGUAGCCGAUCCUUCGGUUGAUGGGUAUAAACCCCUCAUCAGGCUGGUACGGUCAGUUGUGUGGGACCGGAUGGGCAUGAACCCCCCAUCAGGGUGGUACGGUCCGUUGUGUGGGACCGGAUGGGUAUGA